UUCGCUAUACUCUGAUAUACUUUCCCCCCAAAUCGCUCACAAGCUAUGGACCAGGACGGAUUUCACUCAAUUGCAUGGGACGACGCACCCUCAAGCAACCCUCCUCUGUCUGCCCCGUCGCCAUCUCAAUCGCCAUUUGAAGAGGGCUUCGAAUCCAUCUCACCGUCAUCCGCACAACCGCCGGCUUCAGAUCAGUAUGAAGGUUACGAUAACUCAAAGGCUGGUGAAGCUGGAGACGUUGGGGUGACAUUGGAUAGGAGGGAGAGGCUUGGGGGUCACGAAGUUGAUGGAUCAGUCUGGAAUGGGAAAUGGAUGGAUGUGCAGGUCAGAGAACCCGCCAAAGAGCACGAGGGGAGUAAGGAUAUGUACGUUUCGUACGCUGUCAAGACAGAGACGAGCCUUCCAACAUUCAGGAAACCUCUCACAGUUGUCCGGAGGCGAUUUCAGGACUUUGUCUUUCUGCGAGAACAUCUCGUGAAGAACUUUCCAGCUUGCGUCGUGCCUCCGAUCCCUGAUAAGCAUCGUUUAGAAUACAUCAAGGGAGACAGGUUCUCUCCUGAGUUUGUCGAACGUCGCCGAUUGGAUUUGCAACGAUUCGCGGAUAGGAUAGCACGCCAUCCCGUCCUUCAACGUAGCCAACUUGUCAACGACUUCCUUCAAAGCACAGAAUGGAGCGUAGCCAAGCACCACCACAUCUCCCAUCCACCUCCUGAAUCUCACGCGUCUCUCAUAGACUCCUUGUCUGACACCUUUAUCAAUGCUUUCUCACGGGUUCGUAAGCCCGAUGCGAGAUUUGUGGAGAUGACCGAAGAGUUGGAGAGGUUUGAAGAAGGCCUGACUGGAGUGGAAAGGGUCGUUGGGCGAGGAAAGAGUCGGGUUGAUGACCUGGCGGCUGAUUAUCAGGACAUGGCAGCUGCUUAUCAAGGAUUGGGGUACCUCGAAUCAGGUAUCACCGAACCCCUCAACCGCUUCGCAGAGAAGAUGCUGGACUUUUCCACUCUGCUCAAACACAUGAAUAACACAACCAUCGAACCGUUCCUCUCUUCCUCCCAUUCACUCCUCUCAUACUCUGCCACCCACCGUAACGUCAUCAAGCUCCGAGAUCAGAAGCAACUCGACUUUGAAGAACUCUCUGCCUAUCUCUCGGCCAUUGUGUCAGAACGUGAUCGCCUUGCAGCCCUUUCCUCGGGUCACACUGCCGCUCCUGUAGGUCUCGGAACGUAUCUCCGUGAUCAGAUGGAUAAAUUGCGCGGAACGGAUGACAUCCAUACCCGGCGGGAAAGGAUGAGGAAGAUGGAUGGGAAAAUCAAAGAGUUGCAAGAUGCUGUGACAUUGGCGCAUGAGACGAGUAAUGCGUUUUCGGAAGAGGUUAUCAAGGAGCAUGCGUAUUUCGAGCUGGAAAAGAAGCAGGAGAUGAAGGAUGCGUUGCAGGCGUAUACGGAUGGACAGGUGGAGAUGCUGCAACAGGCGAUGGAUGACUGGGAUCGCAUUAUUCCACUUCUUCAACGAAUACGCGUAGAUGUUUGAGUGUCGCAAUCACUAAAACUAAAUUAAAACGGUGGUUUUGCUCUUCGUUUGUUGUAUAUGCAGUCUCGUCAUAAUCCUUGGUUGAAAGCAGAUAGGAAGGUAAAUUAGAAAUCAUGACUUUUCAUUCCCCCGAUUUGUAUAAACAAUGCCCAUGCUAUGCCUUACACCAU